CAAUAUUAGGCAAUAAAAAUGCCUUUGCAGCUAUUAAAUUCUGAGCCAGUUCUAUAUUAAUUACUGUUAAACUACUUCGUUUACGAUGAUCGUGUCUAUAGUAUCGAGUAUAUACUUAAUUUUUUGCACUAUUUUAACUAAAACCUAUUCAUUGAGUCAAUCACAGGGACAAAACUAUGAAUGUGAUCCCAACAGAAUCUACAAAGGAAAGAAUAUCACAUGUGCCUGUUCUAGUAACGGUCUGUGGCUGGAAAAGGAUUGCGAAGGAUAUUUAGAUCCUAGAGGAGAACCCGAUUGCGAACCAAACACGUACACAUUUCUUGAUUGCAAUGUGUGCCUUUGCGGACCAGACGGCAGAAUUAAUAAAAAUCGUUGCACCAAACAUGACUGUGAACCAAUUAUCACCCGCAGAUCCAAAUCUAUUAUAGGUACCUGUCGAGUCAAUACAUUCUAUUCAUUAGCACCAUGCCAAUUCUGUUAUUGCGUAAAUAAACACAAACUAGUUUGCAACGCCGCUCCGAAAACCGAGAAAGUGGUCUUAGGGAAGUUUGAAUUAAACCAAUGUAGUGGCAAUAUAUUAAAGGAAAUAUCUGAUCUAAUGCCAGAGAAACCUCUCAGGUCUGGAAAGACGUCCAAGAAGGAUAAAUCGAAAACAGCCAAGAGCAACAAAGCGACAACAGUUCUGGAUAUAGGAACAAAUAUCAGGUCUUUUGACGAUAAAACAGAUAAAAGCGAUGAAGUACAAAUAGGUGCAAAACAUCAAAACAAAAAGAAACAUCGAAAUAAAGAUGGCGUAAAAAAGGAUAAAUCCGUAAAGAAAAAAACUAGUGAAGCUAUCGUUGAUGAUGGUUGGAGUGAUUAUUCUGAAGAGAAACAGAAGAAGAAAAAUAAUUCAAAAAAAUCUAAAUCAUUCCACACAAAGACCGAAUCUAAUCCAGAGACAGGCGACAAAGAGGAAAACAAUCUUCUCACAAUUAAUUUACCAUACGUAUUAGAUAGAGUGCUUAAUAUGGUUCUGCGUAAAUCCAUGGUGUCUUUGGAAUCAGGUAAUAAUUGCACACCAGGUUCCACCCUAAAAAACAGCUGCAAUAAAUGCUUCUGUUUGAACAACGGUAAAAUGCUUUGCACAAAUCAUAAAUGCAAAUGAUUAUAAUAAAUAAUUAAUGUAAUAUAACUUUGCUAAUG